UUGGCUUCGUGGAAACUGUCAACAACAGCGAGUCGAGCGUUCCAAAGCAGCAGCAGCAGUAACAGCAUUAGACCUUUUUAUGGCACCGACUGCCCAUUGUUUCUGCAAAUGGAGGAAAGAACUACAAUCGCAUAAGUGGAGCUUGUUGCUGAAUAUUCAGCCAAACAGAAUCACAAUCAGCUGAACCAAUACUAGAAAAUAAAAGACGGGGCAACGCUGCAGCCUCUCUCUUCCUUUAGUCCCGUCCUUUCUGUCUCGCCACCUUGACCUGCCUCUGCUGUGCAGUCCGAGCAGCGGGGUCCUCGUCCCUCGCCGCAGGCCUCGGGCCCUCCCAUCGGUGGCCCGCUCCGGCCGUUUGCUGGUGUCUGAUGGCGCGGUGGGAUGCUAAGGGCAGCUGCGGGAGACUGUGAUGUCAGAGCCCAACAGCCCGGGCGAGAGCCAGUGUGGCGCUCCCAGAUUCUUCGUGGGCUGCGAGGACGAUGAGAGCGAGGUGCAGGAGGACAGCAUGAGGACAGACAUGGACCUGUAUGAGGACGACGAAGACACGCCCCCGGAGCGACAGAUCGUGGUGGGCAUCUGCUGCAUGAUGAAGAAGUCCAAGUCCAAGCCAAUGACCCAGAUUCUGGAGAGGCUGUGCCGGUUCGAGUACAUCACCGUGGUCAUCUUCCCAGAGGACACCAUCCUCAACGAGCCUGUGGACAAAUGGCCGCUGUGUGACUGCCUCAUCUCCUUCCACUCCAAAGGAUUCCCUCUGGACAAGGCGGUGAGCUACGCCACUCUGAGGAGCCCUCUACUCAUCAACGACCUGAACAUGCAGUACUAUAUUCAGGACAGGAGAGAAGUGUAUCGGAUCCUGCAGGAGGAGGGGAUCGAGCUGCCACGCUAUGCUGUGCUGAACCGCGACCCAGAUAAACCAGAAGAGUGUAACCUGGUGGAAGGGGAGGACCAUGUGGAGGUGAACGGGGAAAUCUUCCAGAAACCUUUUGUGGAGAAGCCUGUUUGUGCUGAGGACCACAACGUCUACAUCUACUACCCCACGACAGCAGGCGGCGGCAGCCAGAGACUCUUCAGAAAGAUCGGGAGCCGGAGCAGCGUCUACUCUCCAGAGAGCAGCGUGAGGAAGACCGGCUCCUACAUUUAUGAAGAGUUCAUGCCAACUGACGGCACGGAUGUCAAGGUGUACACCGUCGGGCCGGACUACGCCCACGCCGAGGCCCGGAAGUCUCCUGCGCUGGACGGGAAGGUGGAGCGCGACAGCGAGGGGAAGGAGGUCCGAUACCCCGUCAUGCUGUCGGCCAUGGAGAAACUGGUGGCCCGGAAAGUCUGCUUGGCGUUCAAGCAAACGGUGUGCGGCUUCGACCUGCUCCGAGCCAACGGACACUCCUACGUUUGUGACGUGAACGGCUUCAGCUUCGUCAAGAACUCGAUGAAAUACUACGACGACUGCGCCAAGAUCCUCGGGAACAUCGUGAUGCGAGAGCUGGCGCCUCAGUUCCAGAUUCCCUGGUCGAUCCCAACGGAGGCAGAGGACAUCCCGAUUGUUCCCACCACUUCAGGAACCAUGAUGGAGCUGCGCAGUGUCAUCGCCGUCAUCCGUCAUGGAGACAGAACGCCCAAACAGAAGAUGAAGAUGGAAGUUCGCAACCCCAUGUUCUUUGAUCUGUUUGAAAAAUACGAAGGAUACAAAACCGGGAAGUUGAAACUCAAAAGGCCGAAACAGCUGCAGGAGGUGCUGGACAUCACCCGGCAGCUGCUGAUUGAACUGGGGCAGCGCAACGACUGCGAGAUCGAAGAGAAGAAGUCCAAACUGGAGCAGCUGAAGACCGUUUUAGAAAUGUACGGUCACUUCUCUGGGAUCAACAGGAAAGUGCAGCUGACUUACUUGCCCCAUGGGCAGCCGAAAACCUCCAGUGAAGACGAAGACACGCGUAAGGAAGGCCAGUCCCUGCUGCUGGUGCUGAAGUGGGGAGGAGAGCUGACUCCUGCUGGCCGGGUGCAGGCGGAGGAGCUGGGCAGAGCCUUUCGCUGCAUGUACCCUGGAGGUCAAGGAGACUAUGCUGGAUUUCCGGGCUGCGGGUUGCUACGGUUACACAGCACCUACAGACACGACCUGAAGAUCUACGCGUCAGACGAAGGCCGGGUGCAGAUGACGGCGGCUUCCUUCGCAAAGGGCCUGCUGGCUCUGGAGGGGGAGCUGACGCCCAUCCUGGUGCAGAUGGUGAAGAGCGCCAACAUGAACGGGCUGCUGGACAGCGACAGCGACUCGCUGAGCAGCUGCCAGCACCGCGUCAAGGCCCGGCUGCACGAGAUCCUGCAGCGGGACCGCGAGUUCAACGACGAGGACUACGACCGGCUGGCCCCGACUUGCGCUGCUUCUCUUCUGAAUUCAAUGAAAAUGGUGAAGAACCCGGUGGCCACAUGUGAUCAGGUCUACGCGCUCAUUCAGAGCCUCACCUCUCAGAUCCGCACCAGAAUGGAGGACCCGAAGUCUGCCGACCUGCAGCUGUACCACAGCGAGACUCUGGAGCUGAUGCUGCAGCGCUGGUCCAAGCUGGAGAAGGAUUUCCGCAUGAAGAACGGCCGCUACGACAUCAGCAAGAUCCCCGACAUCUACGACUGCGUGAAGUACGACGUCAUUCACAACGCCACGCUCGGCCUGCGGGACACGCAGGAGCUGUUCCGGCUGUCGCGAGCGCUGGCCGACAUCGUCAUCCCACAGGAAUACGGCAUAAAUAGAGAUGAGAAGCUGGACAUAGCUUACGCUUACUGCCUCCCUCUGGUCAGGAAGAUCCAGCUUGACCUGCAGAGGACGCACGGAGACGAGUUUGUUCACAAGCUUCAUCCUCUGUAUUCUCGUGGCAUUAUGUCACCUGGUCGUCACGUCAGGACUCGGUUAUAUUUCACCAGUGAGAGCCAUGUCCACUCCCUGCUCAGCAUUUUCCGAUACGGAGGCCUGCUCGACGAGGAGAAGGACCAGCAGUGGAAACGCGCCAUGGAUUACCUCAACGAGGUCUCCGAACUCAACUACAUGACGCAGAUUGUCAUCAUGCUCUACGAAGACAACAACAAGGACAUUUCCUCUGAGGAGCGGUUCCACGUGGAGCUCCACUUCAGCCCCGGCGUUAAGGGCGUGGAUGAGGACGAGCACGCGCCGCACGGAUUCGGCUUCAGACCCGCCUCAGCAGAGGUGAUGCGACAGAACGGGCAGAAAAAGGAGGAGCGCGGCAGUCUGGAUGACCUGUCGCGAGACGAAACGGACCGCGCCGUUCCCGUGUCGGAGCCGAUCACCAUUCAGAGGCGGUCGCCGCUCAUUCGCAAUCACAAAACCGGAUCAAUGGAGGUCCUCUCCGAAUCCACCUCCUCUAAAGCCGGCAGCUACCGUCUCUUCUCCAUCUCACGUCAGUCUCCAGAGAUGAAACAAAGCGGCUUAGGCUCUCAGUGCGCCGGACUCUUCAGCACCACCGUCCUCGGUGGCUCCUCUAGCGCCCCUAACCUGCAGGACUACGCACGUGCACACCGCAAAAAAUACUCCACCGCCAGUCUGUCCUACAAAGACGAACAAAGUAGAAGAGAUGAGGCCAGGAGAGUUGAGAGGGGAAAGAAACAGGGAGCAGAACAAAAGAGAAGAGAGCAGGUCAGGAAGACUGAGAGAGGAAAGAAACAUGACUCAGUUGUAGAACUCGGUAAAAGAGAGGUGGCCAAGAAAAGUGAGAAGGAUAAAAAAGAGGGAUCAGAAGCCAGUAAAAGAGAGGUGGCCAAGAAAAGUGAGAAACGUGAGAAAAGAGACAAAAGAGAGAAAAGUGAGAGGGAUAAAACAGAGGAAUCAGAACAGAGUAGAAAAGAUGAGACUAAGAAAAGUGAGAAAAGAGAGAGGGAUAAAACAGAGGAAUCAGUAGAACCUGGUAAAAGAGAGGAGGCUGAGAAAAGAGAGACAAGUGAGGGUGAUAAAACGGAGGAAUCAGAAGAUGGUGGAAAUGCUGAAGAUGGAAACAGAAAGAACGAGAGUGCACCAGAAGAUGAAGAUUCUGGCUUCGAAGGCUGCUCCAUGGUGCCCUCCAUCUACCCGCUGGAGACGCUGCACAACUCGCUGUCGCUCAGGCAGGUCAACGAGUUCCUCACCAGAGUCUGCGAGAGCGCCGGGGAUACGCACGCCAGAACCUCCAGAGCUCUGUCGGCCAUGUUGGGCGCUCACAAUCAGCCGUCGGUGGACGCUUACAUCCCUCAGAGGGUCCUGUCAACCUCCAUCUCGCUCAGAUCUCGCACCGACAGACCUCCAUGGUACAGCAGCGGUCCAUCCAGCACGGUUUCCAGCGCCGGCCCGUCCUCCCCCACCACGGCCGACACUUCGCCGCGGUUCAGCUUCAGCGACAAGGUGUUGCUCACCCCGCAGAGCAGCGAGGAAACCCAUUCCUCCCAAAACGCCUCCGCCCAGCCGCCGCCCGCCGAAGUCCCGCUGACUCCAAACAACUCCCCAGAAGAAGAACCCGAACCUGAACCCGACAAGCAGCCCGACAAGCAGCCCAAUGACCCAGAACCAGCGGUAGACAGACAGGAGGUGUCCUGCGGCGCUCUGGAGCCAGUCCCGGAGCAGAGGCCGGCCUGCGUGGCGCUGACGGAGCUGAGUCUGGGCCGCAUGGAGGGCUACUGCCUGCCCGGGUCGCUGCCAGUGCUGCUGGAGCUGAGGGAGAGCAGCAGCGAGGCCGGGUCCAGCUCGCAGACGCCCCAGUCCCCUGAGGGGCCCGACGAGUUCUUCGACACGCAGGAGUCCGUGGAGCUGUGGACGGACAGUCCCGAAGACGCCCCGCAGCCCCAUACUGCCCCGCAGCCAGAAGACGCCCCGCAGCCCAACACCGCCCCGGACCAAAAGCCAACUCAGCCGUUGGAGCAGUGAACCGGCCGGUCCCGUCAGACUGGGUUUUUAAUCUAAGCUCAUCUGUUACUCACAGCAGCCAUUGGGUGAAAAACCAACCAGAGGAGAGCAGAGAGUCUUAAUACCUGGGAGAAUAUAAUAAAUAUUACAUUUAAUCUGGAAAUAGAGACGCUUGUAUGUGGUCAGCUGAGCAGAUCUCUGACGUUUAAGCAUUUUACUGCUGUCGUCUGUCCUACACUGCAAAAACACAAAAUACUACCAAGUAUUUUUGGUUGAGUUUCUAAUGCACACAUCUUAAUACUUGAAAUAGGAAAAAACUAACUUACAAACAACAUUUCAGCUAGAAAUAGGAGCUUGUUUUAGGUAAACAAUUCCUUAAUAUUGACCUUAAAAAGUACUACUACCAUUGGCAACUUAUUUAACUUACAACAAAACAUUUUCCAUGUCAUAAGUUAAAUAAUCUGCCAGAGGAACUAGUACCUUUUUUUGUCAAUAUUAAGGACUUAAACAAACUGCUAUAUUUUGCUGAAAAUGUGCUUGUAAGUUAGUUUUGGGCUAAGAUACUUGCUCUAGAAAGUUGACCAAAAGUACUUGGUAAUAUUUAGUGUUUUUGCAGUGAAUCCUCACUGAGUUUUGUUUUUCCGUCAGAGUUGCUGAGAAUGUUUGUGAUCUGUAAGAACACUGAACCAUCCUCAGUGUUGGUGUUUUUGUUCAGUGUGCACCGCUGAUCGCCAAAGUCCUUAACCCUCAGUGAAGAUUUAAUUUAGAGAGAAACAGAGAUUUAUUUUAAAAAAGAAAAUUAUUUUUAAGAACCUGUGCACAUUAGAUAUUUAACUGUAUAGUGUAUUCAUGGCUUUGGGUGUGCGUAUAUUUUUGCUAAAAACACAUUCAAGCCUCAUUUGAUCACUGAACAAAAAGGAGGGCAUUUUACAUUCAUUGUGCUUUUUAUUGUGAGCAGCAAUGUAGCACAAGGAGGCAUGCUAGCUUCCGCAGCGCUGUGUGCUGUCAUGGUACAUUUCAAUGAACUGUAGAAAAUACAUACAAACUGUGAGUCUGCGAUCUUACUGUGUGUACAGAUAAAAUACGACACCAAUGUGAUUGGUGUCAAAUUUCUGGUCGGUUCACUCAAAUAAACAUUUUGGACUUGUC